AAUAAAUAAUAAUGCGGUCUUCAAAGUGCGCGUAAUCCAGUCUCUCCCUCUCCGCGCUGCGUUCUUCUGAUACUUUUUCCCCCUUCGUCCUUCCAAUUAUCUUCGAUCGAAUUUCACGAUUUCCUUCGGUUUUCGGUCCACGCCGCCCUCUUCCCCUCUCUCAGAGUUGCCUUUCUGGGCUGGAAGCUUUGAUGUGUAAGACGUAAAGAAGGGGCUACCAUGGCGGCAACUCAAUCGCCUCCUCCUCCUUCAUCGAAUGACGAUGACUCCCAGAACUCAGCUCCAGCUCCUGCACGAGCUACGAUUGAGGAUCGUGGGGAUGCGAAGGUGGAGGUUGAGAAGCAAACCUCUCCGCCAUCGGUGUUUGUGAACUCUGAACCAAUAAGAGAGGAUCAAGUGCAAAAUGCCGUGAAAUUUCUUCAACAUCCGAGAGUAAGAGGUUCUCCUGUUGUCUACAGACGAUCGUUUUUAGAGAAAAAGAAUCUCACGAAGGAAGAGAUUGAUGAGGCAUUCAGGCGUGUGCCCGACCCGCCUUCUAAUGCACAGACAGCUACUGUGAGUCAAGAUGGACAGGUGAACACAGUUCAGCCACAGCCCUCUAUGCAACCUCUUCAAACAGUUUCUGGUGUCGCUCCUCCUCCUGGUGGUGUAACUCACCAGGGUACCGUCACACGGUCUAGAUUCCAUUGGUCACAGGCCAUUCUCGCUGUAGGAUUAUUGGCUAUUUCAGGUGUUGGAACAGUUGUAGUAAUCAAGAAUUCUAUUAUUCCUAGGUUGAAAUCUUGGGUGCGUAAAAUUGUAUUAGAAGACGAGGACAUUGAGAAGAAAAUUAAUUCAAAACCAAGUGCAGCUGAGGAAGCAGCUGCUGCUGCCAAAGCAGCAGCAGCAGCAGCAUCUGAUAUGGCAAAGGCGAGUCAGGAGAUGCUGUAUUCAAAAAGUGAAGAGAAAAAGAAGUUUGAAGAUUUUGCCAACUUGUUGGAUGCUCAGCUUGGGCAGAUGAAGUUGAUGCUGAAUGCCAUUCAGAAAUUGGAAGGAACCACGUAUGGAAGAACUACUACUGUCAAUCAACAAGAUUAUCGAAUUACUGCCAUGAGUUCAAAGCAGCCAUAUUCCAAUGGCAAGGUGGAAUCUAGCGUGCAAUCAGCCACACCUGCCAUACCUGUUGAACCCUCAGUUGCACCACACCCCAAAUCUUACAUGGAGAUCAUGGCCAUGGUCCAGAGAGGAGAAAAGCCAUCUAAUAUUAGAGACAUUGAUGAUUUACCUCCCAACCCAAAUCAACAGCCAUCAAAUCCUCGUCUAGCUCCUAGAGCCAAGCCUUGGGAGGUUGGUACGCAAAACAAUCCUGGCUUUUUCUAUCAAUCUCAAGAAAAUGACAGUUCGAAUUCCAUGGUACAAAACAAUGGCGUGACCUACAUGAACAACAAUGCUCCAGUGCCUUGGUGGCAGAAGAGAAAUGUUAAUAUUACAGAGAUCGAAAAUCAUGAGUUGAAGGUAGGCUCUUCCAAUGGGCUCUCUGCUGAGAAACCAGUUCAACGUACAUGGGUUCCUCCUCAGCCACCACCUGUUGCAUUGCCAGAAGCAGCUGAAGCCAUUCGAAGGCCAAAACCAACUAUCCAGAAAGAGCAGCUUACUGACGAACAUUUAGCAACACAACCAAAUGUAACUGAUGAGUUUCAGAAGGCCACAAAAGUUUCUGAAUCUGGGGGAGCAAUCGAUUAUGAGAACUUGGGAGUGAGCUCAAGUGAGAUACAAGUGGAAGAAAAUGGCUCCGGAGGACAAUGAAAUGCGAUUGGAGUAUGAUCUGGAGGUAUAGUCUCGUGAACUUUUUCCUUCUAAAUUUAUAGAAAUAGAUGAACGAAUGCUAUCUAUAAUUUCCUGAAAAUGUUCAUGUACUUCGUUGAAUAUGCAAAACAAAAAUCCUGUCGUGUUUAUUUAUAGAAUAAAGCUACAAUAAAUCAUAUUUGAUAGUA